AAAGGAAAAUGUUCCAAGUCAAAAAAUCCAAACACUCUUCUGUUUUCUUGCAUCUCUAAAAUCAAUGGCUUCAACCACCACCACCACCGAUAUAACUAAACACAUCAUCUCAGAAAUCCCCACAUACAUCACCGUCUACAGCGACGGCACCAUCGAACGUCCCCGACAAGCACCACCAGUACCACCCAAUCUCAACGACCCAACCUCCCCCGUUUCAUCCAAAGACAUCACCAUCUCUCAAAACCCCACCAUCUCCGCCCGUCUCUACCUCCCAAAAAACCCCACCACAAAACUCCCCAUCUUAGUAUUCUUCCACGGCGGCGGAUUCUUCUUCGAAUCAGCUUUCUCCAAACUCUACCAUCAUCACUUCAACAUCUUCGUUUCUCAAGCAAACGCCAUAGUUGUUUCCGUCGAAUACCGACUCGCUCCAGAACAUCCUCUUCCUGCAGGGUACCAUGAUUGCUGGAGUUCUCUCCAGUGGGUUGCUUCUAAACAAGAACCGUGGCUUAUCAACCACGGCGAUUUCAACAGAGUUUUCAUUGGCGGUGACAGUGCUGGUGGGAACAUAGUUCAUAACAUCGCGAUGCGUGCUGGCUCUGAAGCUUUACCUAAUGAUGUUAAGGUUUUAGGAGCUAUUUUACAACACCCUUAUUUCUAUAGUUCGUACCCUGUUGGAUUAGAAGGUGUUAAACUUAAGAGUUCAGAUCAUGAUUUAUACUGUUCGGUUUGGAAUUUAGUGUAUCCAUCAGCACCUGGAGGGAUUGAUAACCUUCAUCUUAAUCCAUUGGGUUUGGAGGCGCCGAGUUUGGAAGGACUUGGUUGUGAUAGGAUGAUAGUUUGUGUUGCUGGGAAAGAUGGAAUUAGGGAGAGAGGGGUUUGGUAUUAUGAAAUAGUGAAAAAGAGUGGUUGGAAAGGGAAAUUGGAGUUGUUUGAAGAAGAAGAUGAAGAUCAUGUUUAUCAUAUCUUUUUUCCUGAGUCUGAGAAUGGUCAGAAAUUGAUCAAACGGUUGGCUUCUUUUCUGCACGAAUAAUUAAUAUAUCUGAUUUAUAUAUAUAAGUCGGAUAAAUGAAUAAUGUUUUAUAUUGCAAUUGUAGCAGUUUUGCUAAUAAUGAUGUUUUAUUGUGAUGAAGAAUAAUAGUUAUGAGCAAUUUCACAACCAUGUAAGAGUGAUAUGUCAUGUAUGGAUUGUUUGUUUCUCGAUUGUUCAGAAAAAGUGCAGGGGCUUUAGUCAUUUUUUUGUUUUGA